UUGUUAACUUUGUAAUUUGCUUUGUAAAUUGUAAUUUUGCUUAAAGAGAUUCAUUCUAAUUAAAACCUUUGUCAAAGAUAAAUCGUCUUGUUUCAUUUAUUAAGUUCAAUCAAAUUUGGAAUCGAACAUUUGGUUCGAUAUGUGAUAUUCAACAAUUAAGACUGUGAUAUAAAUGUUCACUGUCGUGCUGCUAUAUCUAUUUUUUGGAGUUCCUGUUUUUUUGUUCCUGAAUUCGUGCUUGUGUCCAGCGAAUUUGUUCAGCGGAGUUCCUGUUUGCCCAGCAGAAACAAUAAUUGCAAAUCAAUAAAAAAGCGAUUGAUUGUGAAUUCGAGAAACUGCUGUUGGAGUUAGCCGUACACUGUCCAGUUAUUCAUCGCCGUUAUUGAGUGCCGUUGUUGAGUGCCGUUAUCCAAGUACAGUUGUCCAUAGCAGUUAUCCAUUGCUGUUUUCCAGAACCGUUGUCAAUAACUGUCGUCCGUAUCAUAUUUUUGGAAUCGCCUGUUGCAGUUAAAUAUUAUACAUACGUUUUGUUGAGAGUUUUGCGGAGUCCCAGAUACCUGAAAACGAAAUUCUGAUUAAUCAAGGAAAUCAAAGAAAAAAAUGUGUUCUUCUAUCAACUAUUCCCUAGUGGUUUUGACUUUUGUGUACCUUUCUACCGAUGGUAAUCAGUUUGAAAUAUACAGCUAUGACGAUAUUCUUACAACUCCCAUAUUUACAAAUAAUGAAAGGCACUCCAAGAUUUCAGGAUUUUUUGAUCUUAAUUUUUCUCACAAUAUCACAACGAUAGCUGGCCAGACAGCGUUUCUUAAUUGUAGGGUGCGUAAUAUCGGAAGAAAAACAGUUUCAUGGGUACGCCAUGCAGAUAUAAAUUUAUUAACUGUUGGAAAAUAUACAUAUUCUUCAGAUGAGAGAUUUGUUCCUUUGCAAAACGACGAAACAGGGGAUCAGACUUUGCAGAUAAAAUAUACAGUCCCAAAGGACUCCGGAGCAUAUGAGUGUCAAGUUUCAACAGCUCCACCUGUUGGCCUCGUUAUCUAUUUAUCAGUUGUUGAAAAUAAACUAUGAUUCUCCACGGGGCGGUGUUUCUGUAAUAACGGAAAAAGGAGAAACAACUACAUCAUACUUAUUAGUGCAGAGAGCUAGGCCCGGAGAUUCUGGGAAAUAUUGUUGCAUUCCGUCUAAUGCUAAUACUUACUCAGUUAAUGUUCACAUAUUAAAUGGAGAAAAUCCAGCUGCAAUGCAACAUACUAGUGAUAAAGGGUCCAUUGCAAUGAUCUCGAGAACUGCAGUUAUCCUUCCACUGUUUUUUACGAUACAUAUGUUAAUUUAAAAUGUAAAAAAUUUUAAGUUUGUUUACUAAAAAUUUGCACUCCUCUAAUUCAUUAAAAGUGUUCUGACGGAAAAAUA